CCUUUCCGUGGUUUAUUCAUGAAUGUUUUUCUGAUGUGGAUGAUUGGAAAUCAAAUCAAUAUUUUCCCAAUAAUUUUUACUGCUAUGGCCAUUAUGAACCCUAUUAAAGCCAUGCUAGGAAUUGGUCAAGCUUUUCAAUCUUUCGACUCGGAAGAGGGAGGAAAAAUUAAUACAAUCUUGCCAAAAAUUGUUUACUUUUUACUUCAAUGUGUAUCUUUAGGAAUGGCAGUUGUAAAACUAUUUUACAUGGGUCUGCUGCCAAACGAAUCCGAUUGGGCUCACACAACUCCU